CCCACCCCCGUGUGCGCCUGCGCGCUGGGGGGCGUGGCUCCGGCAGCGCUUGGCCUCCCGCUCGGGCCCGGCCGCCAUUUUGGGUUCGGCGGGCGGAGCAAGAGGAGGAGGAGGAGGAAGGAGAGGAGGCCUCCCUCGCCAGCCGCCGGGCCUCAGCCUCGGCCUCCGCCCGCCAUGUCGCUGCCCGCGGCCUCCGCGCUGCCCGGAGGGGCGCCGCCGCCUCCCCUUCCCCCCGUCCCCGCCGCAGCCGCCGCCGCCAUCCCGGCCUCCUCCUGCGGGCCGGGCCGGUUCGACUCCUCGGAGCGGGCGUCGUGGUACGCGGGCGCGCUGUCGCGGGCGGAGGCGGCGGGGCGGCUGCAGGGGCAGCGGGCCGGCACCUUCCUGGUGCGCGACUCCUCCACCUGCCCCGGCGACUUCGUGCUCUCCGUCUCGGAGAACGGGCGCGUCUCGCACUACAUCAUCAACUCGCUGCCCGGGCGGCGCUUCAAGAUCGGCGACCAGGAGUUCGAGGCCCUGCCGGCCCUGCUCGACUUCUACAAGGCCCACUACCUGGACACCACCACCCUGCUCGAGCCCGCCCCCAGGUAUCCAGCUCCACUAAUGGGGCCCGGAUCAGGCCCCAUCUUGCCUGCUGCCGAGGAUAACGUGGAAUACGUGCGGACUCUUUAUGACUUUCCUGGCAACGAUGCAGAGGACCUGCCGUUCAAGAAGGGGGAGAUCUUGGUCAUUGUGGAGAAGCCCGAGGAGCAGUGGUGGAGUGCCCGCAACAAAGAUGGCCACGUUGGGAUGAUCCCUGUUCCUUACGUGGAGAAGCUGGUGAGGUCUUCCCCGCACGGCAAGCACGGGCAUAGGAAUUCCAACAGCUACGGCAUCCCUGAGCCUGCCCACGCUUAUGCUCAGCCGCAGAACGCAAACCCGCUCCUCAGCGUGUCCAGCCCCCCCGGGGCCGUGAUCAGCCCUCUGCCGUCGACGCAGAAUGGACCAGUCUAUGCCAAAGCCAUCCAAAAGAGAGUUCCUUGCGCUUACGACAAGACGGCCUUGGCACUGGAGGUGGGUGACGUGGUGAAGGUCACGAGGAUGAACAUCAACGGUCAGUGGGAAGGCGAAGUCCACGGCCGGAAAGGCCUCUUCCCUUUCACGCACGUCAAAAUCAUUGACCCUCAGAACCCGGAUGAGAACGAAUGAUUCCCAUUGGCCUCUUUUCUACAUUGCUGCUUCAUUUUCCUGGCUAUCAUGAGCAUCGUUUGAAGUGGGAUGAGGACGGUGAGCGCUGCCAGUUGCCCAGCUGCGGCGCUUGGACAGUCCGGCCGUGUCUGUUUGGAAUGCACACAGCUGGAGCCACUGGCUGGUGCUCGGACAGCAGCCCCCCCUUCCCCCCCCUCUGCAAUUUGGAGUCGCUCCUGCAAGGACUUUAGACCUGAAGUCGAAGACGGCGGCCGCGGCCGGUGGACAAAGGGGUGAACCUUCCGCCUGUCUGGCUGAGGUGCCUUGUCCAUGGACAACAUUCUGCCGAGGACCAGAAUCCGAAGCCUCUCUGUCCAGCGCAGAACAAAACAUGCAAUUUUAUUUUGCCUUCUGGGGGAGGGAAGACUUGGUUUGAAAAAGAAAAAUCUGUUCAGGCAGGAGUACGGUUGGCUUGACCGUCUCCUUGUGCUAUAAUUGGCGCUUUGGUCUUAGGGCUAUGGGGCAGCGGGGAGAGGCUUGCAGUUGCUCAAGAAACAUUUGGGGGGAUGACAGGAAAGCAUCGUCACAGCAGAGUUGGUUUAUCAUGGCAACACGUAAUUGGUAACCUUUUUUUUUUUUUUGCCUCAUCCCUGCCUAAAUUCUGCUGUCUUGAUUCAGAUUUGAAAAUGCAGUGAGUUUGCAAACAGUCGCUAGAUAAGUUUUUAAAAGAAACACUUCAGCGCUCGCACCAUAGACACAAGCUUGGGUGAAACCACACUCUUUGCCUCUUGAAAAGCAACUGCUUUAAACAGAAAAAACUCCAUCCACACCAAGCACGGAUAAUCACUAAUAGGGACUUAGAAGUGUCAAUCGAGAGAGGGGGGGUUAACUCUUCUGUGCCCUGUUCUGUAAACAGAAGUUGGUGUACAAACUGUAGUUUCUCCAUCUUUAGAUUUUAAUGAGGAAUAGUAAACGCAGGAACUAACCCUGGCCUUGGUGUUGGGAAGAACUGGCUCCCUAGGUGUUAAUUUUUUAAAAAAAUAAAUUGGUCAGCUUGCAUUGUCUUGUGAGGAUUUUGGACUUCUGAGGAGUCGCAUGUCCAACUCAGUAUUAAAAGUGCCUUAAUUUGAGGACGGAGAGGCUGGGAGGGAGGCCACAAGGUUGCACUUCCAGCUGUGCGUUCAGUCUAGAGGGGAGCAUUUCAGUUUACUAAUCCUCAAACUCUGUAGUGCUGAUGAAGUGAUUGAUGGUCUGGAGAGAGGAAAAAAGAGCAUGCAGUUUUACUGCCUAACAAAUCUACUGUGAAUUAGACUAGUCUUGAUGCUCCCAGGAAGCCCUUUUCUGCCUUGGGGGCAAAGGCCCCCUGUGAUGGAGAACAAGUUGCAUGGCGAUUCUAGAGAAUGCCUGGUGUCCUUGUUGAUCUCGAGUUACUUACUGUGGACUAGUACUACUGAGCUUUGUGUUAGGAAUAUUUAAGCUGCACUAAACAUGUCAGUCUGCCAUAGGGUGGUCCUACAGUGCGGCUGGCUUAACUCUCGGAAGGUGGGCCUUCUGCCUUGGGAGGUCCUGGGUGGCCCCCCCUCGCUCCUCCUCAUGCAUGCUCUCGGGAGGAGCUGUUGCUUCUCAACCUGCUGCCUUAGCUCCACCUCAGACUCCUCCUCUGUGUCUGGUCCGUGCAUUUCAGGAUCACCAGGCAAGAGGUCAGCGUCACUAUGCAAGCAAGUCUCAAACUGUCCCCCCAGACGCCUUGUGGUCGGUGGCUUCAGUUUCCGCCAAAGCCCAGAUCCAUGUCACGGCUCGAGGGUAGCACACUUAAAGUGCAUGGGGAGAAGCAUACGUUCAGAUGUUUCCGUGGCUUUAUUACAGAAUAUUUUCAUAUUGCGUACAUAAUCUGCAUUUGCGCUGUAGGGGUUGCUAAGGAUUAGCUUAGGCCAGGGGUUUUCAGCCGGGGAAUUUUGAAGCCUUGCAGGGGGGUACCCGCACCCCGUGACGCGGUUGGCUCCCUCCAUGUGAUUGGAUGGCUGGGGCUCAGCACUGGCAUUGCCCUUGCUGUCCAGCCUGUCAGUGGAGGGGAGGGGUGGGCUGAGCAUCAUGUGGAGAGAGAGGCAGGACCAGGCCAGGGUGCCGCCUCUGACUAGGAAGGAAGUCAGGAGUUUGGGUUUUGUGUCUCCUUUUUCUAGGGCAGAUUCACUUAGCUUGCACUGUAUUUCCCACCAACUUUGGCAAGAUUUACUGGGGGAUGGAAGGCGUCACGGUUAUUGGCUGCUUAGAUGGGGCACCUGAGCUCAUGCUCUGAAACAGAAAAGGUACCCUGGCUUUAGGCCAUCCUUGGUGGUUGCUUACAGCCGCCCUGUGUCUUUCAAAAGCCUCCUAGUCUUGGUACAGCAUGAGAUCUCUUCAGUCUGUGUAGUACAAUUCUAAACACCUUGCAGUGUACAAUCCUCAGCAUGUUUACUCAGAAGCAAGUUCCACUGCGUUUCUGGGAGGAUUGGUUUCAAAUUGGCUUAAAUGUCUGCAGUCCAAGAGACUGAUCUGUGGGGAGGGCUGACCCCCACCCUGUUGCCUCUGGCCACGAGAGGAGCAGCUGCCACUGGCCAAAGACCUCAUGAUUGUUUACAGACCAGGCAGGAAUACAUAAAAAGGGAAUCUCCUGUUCUGCUUAGGGCUCCUGCGGGCCCAACUGCUAUUUUUGUAAAGGGAUAGAAAUGCGAUUUCAUGUGCCUGCAAUAAUCUUGGUCUUGGUUGUAACUGACUCCUGGGAUGAAAUGGGCUGUCCUUUCUCUGCCUCCCUGACCUCCUCGCGUCGGGCUGUUAAAUGUAAGCGUGUCCAGACCAAGAAAUUCCUUUUUUGCAGAGGGAACAGUGGCCUUGUAUUAGGACAGUUUUCACUGUGCAAGCAUUUCGAUGUAACAGACGUAUCAUCUGAAUUUCAGGCAAUAACGUGUUGCGCUUUAGGUCUUACUUGGGAUCAUCAUAGCUUGUUUUGAUUUUUUUGUGCUACAGAAUUAACAGUAUUAAAUAUAUUCUUAGAACACAUGAAGUGUCUUUUCUUAAGAUUAGUGCCUUUUCAUUUUCUUACUCCACGACUGGUCCCAACCUAUCAAGCCAGUGUGUUCAGCCCCUGGUUUGUAUACUCUCAAAUAAAAUGUACAUCCAACUUGCA